CUGAAGACAACGUUAGAACAUUAUAUAUACACACAAACCAAUAUAUAUAUAUAUAUACACACAUAUAUAGCUAAUAGAUAUAUACAUAUACACACAUAUAUAUAUAUAUAUAAACUUUAAAGAUUGGCAAACAGCAGAGCAAAAGCAGCGCUAAAUAAAACACGCCCCCUGCCCCCCCCCACUGUGAUAUUAGUAAUUUCACAUAUAAAACAAAAACUUAAAAAUAUUAAAAAAUUCUUAAAGUGCAAUAAAAAACAACAAGAAAAGAAAUUCAAUAAAAAUUGUAUGCGCCCCGCUCAGCCACAAACAAACAACAAACAAAAGCGUUUACUUUACAACAAAACCAAACUAACAAAAUUCUAAAAAAAAAAUUGCUGCAAAAAGUGUAUUCAGCUAAUACACGCACACAGAUACAAAUACACACACACACACACACACACACGCACACACAACUGGCUAUGCAGUAGUUGGGCGUGUGUGUGCGUGUUGCUCGUGCUGCAUUUAAAUAACAUUCGACGACAAGCAACAAAACAACAACAAACAAUCAACAUUAAACAAUAAACAAUAAACAGAGUUUUGGUGGCAGGCGCUCAGACGUUUUUUAAUUAUGUAUACGCAACGUAUGUUUGACAUGUGGAGCAGCGUCACUUCGAAACUGGAAGCACACGCCAACAACCUCGGUCAAAGCAACGUCCAAUCGCCGGCGGGACAAAACAAUUCAAGCGGUUCAAUCAAAGCUCAAAUUGAAAUAAUUCCAUGCAAAGUCUGUGGCGACAAAUCAUCGGGCGUGCAUUACGGCGUUAUCACCUGUGAGGGCUGCAAGGGCUUCUUCCGGCGAUCGCAGAGCUCCGUGGUUAACUAUCAGUGUCCGCGCAACAAGCAAUGCGUUGUGGACCGUGUCAAUCGGAAUCGCUGUCAAUACUGUAGACUGCAAAAGUGCCUAAAAUUGGGAAUGAGUCGUGAUGCUGUAAAAUUCGGCAGAAUGUCCAAGAAGCAGCGCGAGAAGGUCGAGGACGAGGUCCGAUUCCAUCGCGCCCAGAUGCGAGCCCAGAGCGACGCGGCACCGGAUAGUUCCGUGUACGACACACAAACGCCCUCUAGCAGCGAUCAGCUGCAGCACAACAACUACAACAGCUACAGCGGCGGCUACUCCAGCAACGAGGUCGGCUACGGCAGUCCCUACGGCUACUCGGCAUCGGUGACGCCGCAGCAGACCAUGCAAUACGAUAUAUCGGCCGACUAUGUGGACAGCACCACCUACGAGCCGCGCAGUACAAUGAUCGAUCCCGAAUUUAUAAGUCAUGGUAUCUCACGAUCUCCUUCAAUAAGCCAUCUAGGCAGUCGGUUUAAUAAUGCGUAUUCCCACUUCUAUUUCACAGCGGAUGGCGAUAUCAACGAGGUGCUGAUCAAAACCCUGUCGGAGGCGCAUGCAAAUACAAAUACCAAACUGGAAUCUGUGCAUGACAUGUUCCGAAAGCCUCAGGAUCUAUCACGCAUACUCUAUUACAAAAAUCUGGGCCAAGAGGAGCUCUGGCUGGACUGCGCCGAGAAGCUGACACAAAUGAUACAGAAUAUAAUCGAAUUUGCAAAGCUAAUACCGGGCUUCAUGCGCCUCAGUCAGGAUGAUCAGAUAUUAUUGCUGAAGACGGGCUCAUUCGAGCUGGCGAUUGUUCGCAUGUCCAGAUUGCUAGAUCUCUCACAGAACGCUGUGCUGUAUGGCGAUGUGAUGCUGCCGCAGGAGGCAUUCUACACAUCCGACUCGGAUGAGAUGCGUCUGGUGUCGCGCAUUUUCCAAACGGCUAAAUCGAUAGCCGAACUUAAACUGACUGAAACCGAACUGGCGCUAUAUCAGAGUCUAGUGCUGCUCUGGCCAGAACGCAAUGGAGUGCGCGGCAAUACGGAAAUACAGAGGCUUUUCAAUCUGAGCAUGAAUGCAAUACGGCAGGAGCUGGAAACGAAUCAUGCGCCGCUCAAGGGCGAUGUGACCGUGCUGGACACGCUCCUCAAUAAUAUACCCAAUUUCCGCGAUAUUUCGAUUUUGCACAUGGAAGCGUUGAGCAAAUUUAAGCAACAGCAUCCGAAUGUUGUAUUCCCAGCGCUAUACAAGGAGCUAUUCUCAAUAGAUUCACAACAGGAUCUGACAUAACCAGAGCCGCUUUUUACGGAUACGUCAACCGGUUCUGUCGCAGAUGUUGCUGCCGGCUGUCCGCUCGAAAUAUUGGCAACGGCAACGGCAGCGGCAACGGCAACUGCAACAUCACCCGUGCAUCAGCUGCAGCUGGAGGACUGAAGCGGCAACAACAACAACAACAACAAUAACAGCAACAACAAUAACAACAAGCAACAACAACAAGCAACAACAGAAAGGAAAAACCAACUUUAUCAUCAUUUAAGCUAGCAUACAACCAAGGAUGUGAUCCUGGCCGAGGACUCACUUAAAAUUACAUAAAGCAAGCUACAAACAAAACAAAAAAAAAAAGAAAAAAAAUAUUUCAAAAAUAUUAUAUAUACUUUUUUCUAGGCAAGAGAAAAAAACAGAGUUAAAACCAGGCUAAAUAAAUGAGUAAACAAAAAAACAGUAAAUAAAAUAUGAAGAAAAUUCAAAUAAAACGUAACUCAGUUAAUCUUUCGCUUCAUAGACAAAAUAUACAAAAAGUAAAAGUCAAAAUGCAUUUUAGCAAAAGUUUUCAAGAUAAAAGAAAAAACAUACAUAAAAAAACAAAACUAAACAAAAUAAUGAAACACAACAGUUUUCAGUUAGAUACGUUUUACAACACUGCUAAAUAGCCACGCCCCUUAGCCAAGUACUUAAACAAAAAAGAGAAGAAAAAAAAAACAAACUAGAAAAAGGUUUUUCUUGUUUCUAUACCAAAAUUUGCGUAUCUAUUUUGUAAACUGAGCUCAGCUUGAUUUUAUUGUAUUGUACCUAGAAACCCAGCGCGACCUACUACCCGGCCCCCGACCCCUCCCCCGAAAAAGAAACACACCGCUAACCCUCUAGGUUGUCUCUGCCUUUUGUUGUAAACUAAACAUGUGUAUUAUAUAUACAAUAUAUAUAUAUAUAUAUAUAUAUCUAAAUAUAUAUAUAUAUGUCUUAAAUAUUAUCAUUUUUUAUAUGAUUCUACGUAUACAUAAUGCAACAUUUAUGUAAAGAAAAAGAAAACAAAAACAAAAAUCGAAUAUCUCGGAAAAAUGUGUUCUUAUAUAAUUAUGAUUAAUGCAAUUACAAAUAUUUACAAUUAUAUUUACGUUAAACUUUAAACAAACACGAAAACUUACAGCACAUACAACAACAACAAAAACAGAAUUAUGCAAAAAUAUUCUGUUGAAAAAGAGAAAAUGAAAACAGCUUUUGAAAUAAAUUUUUCGUUUAAUCAUAAAUCAUAUUUUUAGCAUGGUAGCAAAUCCCAAAUUCCGGUUCCAAGGUUUAGUAGAUUUAAUUAAAAACAAAACAUAAGCAUUAACAGACUUUAAUAGUUUAGCUAACACAAAAAACAAAAACAAAAACAAAAACUUUUGAUAUACAAUACAAUACAUAUAAAACGAAACGAAAAAAACAAAAUAAAUAAAACAUGUAAUAAAUAAUUAUGUAAAAGGAAAGUAAGGAAUGGAAAAAUUAUAUGCGAUGAGCCUACACGUAAUAUCAAGUUACAAGUUUAUUGUUUUAAGCAAACAAAAAUUACAAAAUAAAUACAUAUAUUAAAAAAAAAAAAAAAAAAAAAAUAAAACAAAAAUACGAAAAAAAUACCAAACAGACUGAUGGACCGCACGCCACAACCCGGACAGCUCCCCGCGCCACUCCUCACACCUGAACCGCCCACAACACGCCCACAAAAAAGAAAAAAAAACAACAUUUAAAGACAAAGCAAUUUGGUUUUAGAUUAUUUGAUUUGUUUGUUAAGUUAUGUUUCGUUCUUUCUGGUAAAUUAAACGACUGACUACACAAAGACGUUGCACACACUCACACACACACACACACACUUUACAUUAGUUAAACUAGCAUUAAACAAGAACAAGAACAACAACAACAACAACCAACUUUGGAUAGUAGGUGAUAAUUGGUGUGUCUUAAAUGCCCUCCUCCCCCCGCUCCGAACCGCUCCCUUCAUGCUGCUUCCUACCAAUCCGCAAGAAUCAAAAACAAAAACAACAUAUAUAUAUAUAUAUAUAUAUAUAGUACUUUUUUACUAAAUUGCAAUUAGCAUAUGAAAUUUUUGGUAGACAGGCAAAAGAAAAGCGCAUCCUUUUUCCCCACAACAGGCAGGCAAAUAUUAUUAAAUAAACUAAUUAUAUAAACUAUAAUUAAAUGUAUGCAAGCAACAGCAAUGAGAAAUGCAAAAGCGACAAUUAAACACAUAUAUAUAAAUAAUAAAUUACCAAUCGCAAUUCCACAAUUAAUUCACUUUCUUUUCGGCUUUCGGCUUUCAUGCCCGGCGUCUAGAAUAAUUUGUUUGGCUGCUUUCGUUUUGUUUAAACAAUUGAGAUAAGUGAAUUAACCAAAUUACGUUUGACAUUUUUGGCCUUAAAAUGAAAAAGAAAAACAAACAAAACACAACAAAAAUUAAGUAAAUACUUUAUAUAUAUACACCACAUAUAUACAUAUAUAUAUUAUAUAUAUAUAUAUAGCGAAUAAAAUUUAGUUAUAAUUUAUACAAAGCAAGGGAGCAGCUUUCAAAUGGCAAACUUUAGGCGAUAGCCCGGCAAGAGAACAUGAAAUAAAUAAUUCAAAAAGAAAGAAAAAUAUUGUUAAAUAAAGAAAACUCAACUGAAGAGAAGCAGCAGCAGCAACAAAUAGACAACAAGAAGAACAACAACAAAAGUUAAAAGUUGAGUUGAGCAAAGAAAAAAAACAAACAAAAAACAAAAAGUAUCUAUAUAAAAUAUAUAUACAAGAAAUAAAUAUAUAUAUUGUUAAAUUUUUAUGCUAAGUUUUUAGUGCAAAGAAAAAAAAAUGGUUAAAUUUUUAAUAAACAUAAAAAUGAGAGAAGAAGAAGAAGAAAAAAAGAAAAAAACAACACGAGUAAAUCUAAAUUUAAAUUUAGCAUAUAAUGGCAUAUUAUUAUGUUACAAUAUUUACAAUAUAAACAAACGAGAAGCAGAUGAAGAAAAGAAUAAAAAAAAACACAACAAGAAACUCCCCCUAUAAACAUGAGAAAAUAAAAUGAGAAAAACUGAAAAUAUAUACAAAAAAAAAAAAUGAAAGAAAA